CAAGGGACCCAUAUAGAAAGACGCAUCGGUGUAACUGAGUAAAAUGUAUGUGUUCAAAGGCCCUCGAGCGUCCAGUAAUUCAUCCAAGCGCCCAAGCCCUGGACAGCGGCUCUCGGUAUACACCCGAGUUCACGUACAGUGUGCGGUAUACGGCAGCCCCCUCGGGGUCCAAUGCUACCCCGGCGCCUCCCCCAGGUCCUCCUAGGCACCCCGUCUUCGUCGGUGGCGAAUCAGCCUGACCGGGUACCCGCGAAGCGCCGAGGCUGGAAGGCAAGCAGCGAGGGCCCAUGAAUUAGAUCUCGCACGCGCCGCCUGCCAUUUUGGACCGGCGCUGCUGUCUGAAUCGAUGGCGCGCCCCCGAUACGCGCUAUCCACGCCGCGUCCGUAUACGGCGUGAGGCGUACAUCAUCAUGAUGCGGGGCUCACUAGAGGAUGGGGAGUCCCUAGCGGUAGAUGGAUUGCUGCUUCUGAAGCAACGGGGCGGCGUAGCGCCCUUUCUGUAUAGCAGGGUUAGGCGGGAAUUAGCUGGUGGCAGACGUACCCCUGCUGCCAGAUGUCGCGCCGACUAUCGGGCUGUCGUGCUGGUGUAUUCAGGAGCGCGCGGGGAGUGAAGUUAUCUCGGAUAUCACGAUGCGAACACAUUCAUCUACUCAGGAUGAGGGGAGGAUCGUAUGCUUGACGAAGG